GUCAUUUCCCCAGUUUGGCUUUCAUCCGUUUAAAAUGCGGUGGCCCUAGCACAUUAGUCCUGAACCCUAACCCCCGGGUGCUCACCAAACCUGCAGACCUGUCUGCUCCUCUCUCAGAAUGAGGCACUCCUUCCUGCCCUGGGCAGUGGCCACUCUGCUUCUGCUGGGAGAUCCGGUGGCUCUGGAGGAAUCAGGACCUGACCCAGAAGAAGCCGUGCAGCUUCAGAUAAUCAACUUUAAUUUUGAAACCGUAUGGGUUACGUGGAAUGCAAGCGAAUACCCUGGGACUAAUUUGACUUUCUCCUACAAAUUCAGAGGUGCUACCAUGAGCCAAUGUCACAACUACACUCUUGACCAAGGCUACACCUCAGGCUGCGUCUUGGAGGUGGAGCCAGACGAGGACGGCACUAGAGAUGUUAUACUCGAGCUCUCUCUCUGCAACAAAACCCGUGUCCUUCUGAAUUACAGUGUGUGGAUCAGCGAAUACCUGAAACCCAGCUCUCCGAAAGACUUGACCUUCCUGUGGCGACAGGAGACAGUCACUGUCAGGUGUUCCAACCUUUCCUACAACGGUCUCCUAUAUCAAAUCCAAUACAAGAGCAACUUUGAUUCCGAGUGGGAGUCUACGGAGCGGAGAACCUGCAGCAUUGCAAUAGAAAACUUGGAUACUGAUAAAUGCUACUAUUUCCGCGCCAGAGUGAAAACCAUGGAGUCCAGAUAUGGCCCAGAGACGUACCCCAGUGACUGGUCGGAAGUGACCCAGUGGCAGGGGGGAGAGCAGAAAGAUACGUGCCUGCAGGAGGAAACGUCCUUCCCAAGGUUUGUCUUGAUCGCUAUUCUGGUGACCCUCCUCACUGUGUGUGUUCUUCUUCUGUUCCUGUGGAAACGGCAGAGAGUGAAGAAUCUCCUCAUGCCCAGCGUGCCAGACCCAAAAUUCACCUUUCCCGGGCUUUUUGAGGACCACAGAGGGAACUUCCAGGAGUGGAUCAAGUUCACUGAGAACGUGGCCCCUGUGAAUAAGGUGGAGAAUGAAGAGGAGGACUGUGCCCUGGAGGAGGUGCCCGUGGUCCAGCUGGUCAAGGUCAAGGUGGAGGCACCCAUGACAGGCCCAUUGUGCCCACAGAUGCAGAUGGGAGAGGCCCUGGGUCCUGGCCUGCAUCCUCUUCGGCCCCCCCAACACAGUGAUAUGGUCACCCUGGGUGGCUUUUCAUUUGUGGUAGAUGACGAUGCAUACUUGAUGCUAUGAGAGAGUGCCCCCUCCAGAGCCAAAAGCAGGGUCAACGUUGGUGGUAAAGGACCAAAGGAGAUGCCCCAGCGGUCAGCACCAUCCAGGACCCAUGAUGCUGCUGUCUGGGGCACUGAAGACCCCCACUGCCAGACCAAAGGGCUCCCUGGGUCCAGUUUUAUUCCCAGGACAUUUCCAUUCCAGGGUUUGACGGUGGGGCCAUUGUAGGUGGAAGACCUCAUUGGUUUGGGGGUUCCUUGCUCUCAGAUUGCACCUCCUCCUGUCUGGUGCUGUCCACAAAAAUCUUGAAGAAGGACAGCCAGGGUGCAUGGAGACCACCUUCUUAUGUGCACACAAACGACACAAAAAAAACCCAGGGCUGUCGAGGUGCACACAGGGACCAUCAUUUCUGUCACCAAGUGCAUCGAUGGGUAGUUUCUUGGACUUUUUGUUCCAUGGGAUAAAUAGACAGAUGAUAGAUGGAUGGAUGGUGGAUGGGUGGA